AUGCCUGACUUCUACACCAUAGUUCGCUUUCUAGCUCUUUCGGAAGAGGAUCUCUUGAAGGCCGGCAAGACGACUGAUGCGAUUCGAAUUCCAGUGCAUUGCGUGGAAAUGCUGAGACAAUUCGUUAUCUGUCAUGCCGAAGUCGGUGUUAUCACUCACAACUGGGUGAAGGGUUAUCCUCGAACCUAUUCGGAUUUUAAUACAUGGCAUGAAUGUCGAAAUUUCGAGAAUAUUUUUCAGUGGGCAAAAGAUUAUGAGAUGCAGGAUCCUCCGCUGGGACCUCCGGCUGAUCAUCACUGGGCUCCUGAGCUGGGUUCUGUGAUAUUGGAUAGUCCUCCUUAA